UGAGAUGGCUAAUUUUUCUGUGUCUGUUUGUAGGUAGACUAACUGCCUGAAGCAAGAAAUAUAUCGACCGUAUUACCAUACUUAAUCCGUGGCAUCGGUUUUAUGUUCUCAGUAUCUAUCCAUCUAGCUCGCAGAACGCACGUAAAUAGGAACCACUAUCUAAUCACUCCAGUGAUAGCCUAAUAACAGUCUCGACAAAAUUAUCGCUAUCCUAGUUUGGUGUUACCCAGUCUUGACUUCAGUCCGCGAAUGAUGUUUUAAGCAUUUUCAGCGAAAUAUAUAUCCCGACGAAUAUGAAUUUACUGCUUGGUUAGCGCAUCAUUGGGAAACUUGUCACGAUCAUAUGUGAAAAGCCAUUGGAUAUUAAGCACAUUACCACCAUCAUCGAAUAUGACGAUUCGACCACUGUCUGCGGCACUCAAGGAGAAAGCCGCGAAAGAAAUAAAUGAGGAUGAUCGCAGAAUAGCGUCUGAUAUCACGGCGUUGAAGGACUGGCUAAAGAAACAGCCACAUCUGCAUGCAAUACAACCAACUGAUCAAUGGCUGCUGGCAUUUUUACGGGGAUGCAAGUUCAGUCUAGAACGUACAAAGGAAAAACUGGAUAUGUAUUAUACUUUAAAAGCGUUGGUGCCAGAGUUUUUAUCGAACAGGGAUCCAAUGGAUUCGAAGAUUCAGGAGACACUGAAAUUAGGUCUCUUCCUGCCACUGAAGAAAUGCCAGGGCGAAGAUUCAUCUCGCACUUGUAUCGUAAGGAUCGGGGUGUUCGAUGCCUCCAAGUACCACCUGACGGACGUGCUGAAGAUCGCCUUCAUGAUCACUGAGAUCAUGAUGCUGGAGGAUGACAAUUUCAAUGUCGCUGGCGAGGAAGUAAUCGUUGACAUGAAAGGUGUGGGGAUCAGCGUGCUAAGCCAAUGGACCCCAACGUUAGCAAAAAAAGCGAUCUCCUGCUUCGAGAAAGCUUUCCCAGUGCGUGUGCGGUCCAACUACAUAAUAAGCACUCCAGCGGGGUUCGAGGCUGCAUAUGCUAUUUUAAAAACCUUCCUUGGAGAAAAAUUGAAAAAAAGAAUAAAGGUUUAUAACCAGGACUACAAAGCUAUAUACCAUGCCGUCCCUCAAGCAAUGCUCCCGACGGAAUAUGGAGGACAAGACGGAUCUCUCCAGGAAUUGAUUGAUUACUGGAAGCUGAAAGUAGAGAGCUACCGCGACUGGUUCGUGGUUCAGGAGACAGUGCAGUCCGAUGAAGCCAAGCGGCCGGGCGAGCCCACUACGUCAUCCACUCUGUUCGGCGUCGAUGGCUCCUUCAGGACUUUGCAGUUCGAUUGAGUAAUUUUUAAUAAAACAUAUCAGUGCAA